UUACAGCCGGACGGCAGCGGGAGGAGCAAGAGAAAGAGGAGGAGGAGGCGCCCCGGCCGCGGCCGCUGCCCCACGUGCGUCCCGCUGUCCCGCGCCAUGGCGCGCAGGGUCCCGAGCGCCCGCUCGCACCCGUAGCCGGCGGCGACCUCGGCCCCAUGGAGCCGCACGUGCUCGGCGCCGUGCUCUACUGGCUGUUGCUGCCCGGCUCGCUGUUGGCGGCCGCCCUGGUGCGUGUGAAUGCGCUCUCACUGGUCUACUUGCUGGUCCUGCUGCUUCUGCCCUGGUUGCCCGGCCCUGCGUGCAACAGCGUAAAAGCAGGGCAUGCAGUCCGGCUCCUGCGCGCCCUGCUGAGCCUCAGCCUGCUCUUCCUGGUGGCACACCUGGCUUUCCAGAUAACCCUGCACACAGUGCCCAGCCUGGACAAGCUGCUGAAGCCCAGCUGCAGCCUCUGGGAGAAGGUCUCUCGAUACAUUGGGGUCACAAGGCUGGACCUGAAUGACAUCCCCAGUGCUGUUCGCCUGGUGGCCCCCGACCUGGGCAUCCUGGUGGUGUCAUCCAUCUGCCUCGGCCUGUGUGGGCACCGCAGGAGGAGUGAAAGGGAGCGCCUGCAGGAUGGUGAGGAGAGGGAUGUGGACACCGGCUCCCUGGCAGGGCUUCAAGGAGUCCCCACACCGACCCCCAAGCCCAGGACAUGGCUGACUUCCCGGCUCCGGGCCACAGCCCACUGGCUGCUGGUGGCUGCAGGGCGGACCCUGGCUGUCAUUCUGCUCGCGCUAGCAGGCAUUGCCCACCCCUCAGCCCUCUCCAGUGUUUACCUGCUGGCCUUCCUGGGCAUCUGCACCUGGUGGGCCUGCCAUUUUCCCAUCAGCCCUCUGGGCCUUAAUGCUCUCUGUGUCACGGUGGGCUGCUUUGGUGCCUGUCAUCUCAUCUGCCUCUACUGCUACCAGACAGCCUUUGUCCAGGAUGUGUUCCCGUCUGCCAGCCUCUGGGCCAGAGUGUUUGGGCUUAAGGACUUCGUGGGCCCCACCAACUGCUCCAGCCCCCAUGUGCUGGUCCUCAACACCAGCCACGACUGGCCGGUGUACGUGAGCCCAGGGGUCCUGUUGCUGCUAUAUUACACACUCAUCUCCCUCCUGAAGCUCCAGCAGCAGAUACCCUCGAGCCAGAGAAGGGAAGCAGCAGGGGCUGACGAGGAGCCUGCACUGGAGCUGGGUCAGCUGGAGCAGGGUCCCCAGAGCCAGGGCAGGGCCGCGCGGGAUGGGGAGGCCACCCAGCACAUGAUACCCGCAUUCGUGGAGCCCAACAUUGAGGCCGAGAACUGCAUCAUGCAUGACCUGACUGGCCCGAGCCCUGUCCGAUCGCGUGACCUGCAUCCCAGGCUGGCUGAGCCAAGAGAGACGUCCCCACUGCAUGGCCUCGGGCAUCUCAUCAUGGGCCAGAGCUACGUGUGCGCCCUCAUUGCCAUGAUGGUGUGGAGCAUCACAUACCACAGCUGGCUGACCUUUGUGCUGCUGCUGUGGGCCUGCCUCAUCUGGACAGUGCGUAGCCGCCACCAGCUGGCCAUCCUGUGUGCACCCUUCAUACUGCUGUAUGGGCUGGCGCUCUGCUGCCUGCGCUAUGUGUGGGCCAUGGACCUGCAGCCUGAACUACCCACCACCCUGGGCCCUGUCAGCUUGCGCCAGCUGGGACUGGAGCACACUCGCUACCCCUGCCUGGACCUCGGUGCUAUGCUGCUCUACACCCUGACUUUCUGGCUGCUGCUGCGUCGCUUCGUGAAGGAGAAGCUGCUGAGGAAGGCCCGGGCGCCUGCGGUGCUGCUGGAAGUGGCUGUGGGUGAUAAAGCCACAGAGCCCACUCAGACACAGGCGCUGCUCCGGAGCCUGGGUGAACUCGUCACUGGCAUUUAUGCCAAGUACUGGAUCUAUGUGUGCGCCGGCAUGUUCAUCGUGGUCAGCUUCGCCGGCCGCCUGGUGGUCUACAAGAUCGUCUACAUGUUCCUCUUCCUGCUCUGCCUCACUCUGUUCCAGGUCUACUACAGCCUGUGGCGGAAGCUGCUCAAAGUGUUCUGGUGGUUCGUGGUGGCCUACACCAUGCUGGUGCUCAUUGCUGUCUACACCUUCCAGUUCCAAGACUUUCCUGCCUACUGGCGCAACCUCACAGGCUUCACAGAUGAGCAGCUGGGGGACCUGGGCCUGGAGCAGUUCAGCGUGUCGGAGCUCUUCUCCAGCAUCCUCAUCCCCGGCUUCUUCCUGCUCGCCUGCAUCCUGCAGCUGCACUACUUCCACCGGCCCUUCAUGCAGCUCACCGACCUGGAGCACGUGCCUCCACCAGGCACCCGGCGUCCGCGCUGGGCUCACAGGCAGGAUGCUGUGAGCGAGGACCCCUUGCUGCAGCAGCCCGAGGAGGAAGAGGAGGAGGAGGCGCCCUCUAGGGAGGAGGAGCUCAACACCCACGGCCCUGGCCAGGCCACACAGGUCCCUGAAGGUGCAGCCAGCAAGUGGGGCCUAGUGGCUGAGCGGCUGCUGGACCUGGCCGCCAGCUUCUCGGAUGUCCUCACCCGAGUGCAGGUGUUCCUGCGCCGCCUGUUGGAGCUGCACAUCUUCAAGCUGGUAGCUCUGUACACCGUGUGGGUGGCCCUGAAGGAGGUGUCGGUGAUGAACCUCCUGCUAGUGGUCUUGUGGGCCUUUGCCCUGCCCUACCCACGCUUCCGGCCCAUGGCCUCCUGCCUGUCCACUGUGUGGACCUGCAUCAUCAUAGUGUGUAAGAUGCUCUACCAGCUCAAGGUGGUCAACCCCCAGGACUACGCCAGCAACUGCACCGAGCCCCUGCCCAAUAGCACCAACCUGCAAGCAGCAGAGAUCCGCCAGUCGCUCCUGUAUCAAGGCCCAGUGGAUCCUGCCAACUGGUUCGGGGUGCGGAAGGGCUUCCCUAACCUGGGCUACAUCCAGAACCACCUGCAGAUCCUGCUGCUGCUGGUGUUUGAGGCCAUGGUGUACCGUGGCCAAGAGCAUUACCGCCGGCAGCACCAGCACACGCCGCUGCCUGCACAAGCUGUGUGUGCCGAUGGCACCCGCCAACGGCUCGACCAGGACUUGCUCAGCUGCCUCAAGUACUUCAUCAACUUUUUCUUCUACAAAUUUGGGCUGGAGAUCUGCUUCCUGAUGGCUGUGAAUGUGAUUGGGCAGCGUAUGAACUUCAUGGUCAUCCUACACGGCUGCUGGUUGGUAGCCAUCCUGACCCGCCGGCGCCGCGAGGCCAUCGCCCGCUUCUGGCCCAAUUACUGCCUCUUCCUCACACUCUUCCUGCUAUACCAGUACCUGCUGUGCUUGGGCAUGCCCCCAGCCCUGUGCGUCGACUACCCGUGGCGCUGGAGCCAGGCCAUCCCCAUGAACUCUGCCCUUAUCAAGUGGCUCUACCUGCCAGACUUCUUCAGGGCGCCCAACUCCACCAACCUCAUCAGUGACUUCCUCCUGCUGCUCUGUGCCUCCCAGCAGUGGCAGGUGUUCUCAGCUGAGCACACUGAGGAGUGGCAGCGCAUGGCUGGUGUCAACACUGAUUCCCUGGAGCCGCUGCGGGGCGAGCCCAACCCUGUGCCCAACUUCAUCCACUGCAGGUCCUACCUGGACAUGCUGAAGGUGGCUGUAUUCCGCUAUCUGUUCUGGCUGGUGCUAGUGGUGGUUUUUGUCACUGGUGCCACCCGCAUCAGUGUCUUCGGGCUGGGCUACCUGCUGGCCUGCUUCUACCUGCUGCUCUUUGGUACGGCGCUGCUGCAGAAGGACACACGGGCCCGCCUCGUGCUGUGGGACUGUCUCAUCCUCUACAACGUCACAGUUAUCAUCUCUAAGAACAUGCUCUCGCUCCUGUCCUGCGUCUUCGUAGAGCAAAUGCAGACCAACUUUUGCUGGGUCAUCCAGCUCUUCAGCCUCGUGUGCACUGUCAAGGGCUACUAUGACCCCAAAGCAAUGAUGACCAAGGACCAGGACUGCCGCCUGCCUGUGGAGGAGGCUGGCAUCAUCUGGGACAGCGUCUGCUUCUUCUUCCUGCUGCUGCAGCGCCGCAUCUUCCUCAGCUACUACUUCCUGCAUGUCCGUGCCGACCUGCAGGCUACUGCCUUGCAGGCCUCCAGGGGCUUCGCCCUCUACAAUGCGGCCAGUCACAAGAGCAUCGAAGCCCACCGCAAGGCAGAGGAGAAGUCCCUGGCGCAGCUGAAGAGACAGAUGAAACGCAUCCGUGCCAAGCAGGAGAAGCACAGACAGAGUCGUGCCAGCCGCAGCCGCCCCCAGGCCCUGGACCUUGAGGAUCCUGGCCAGGAGCCAGGGCCCGGCAGCCCCGGGGGUUCCUCCCUGCCACAAAGACAGUGGUGGCAGCCCUGGCUGGACCACGCCACAGUCAUCCAUUCUGGGGACUACUUCCUGUUUGAGUCUGACAGUGAGGAGGAAGAGGAAGCUGUUCCCGAGGACUCCAGACAGUCGGCACAGAGUGCCUUCCAGAUGGCUUACCAGGCGUGGGUGACCAACGCCCAGAUGGUGCUGAGGCAGCGGCGGGAGCAGGAGCGGGCACGGGUGCAGGCACAGCCUGAUGGGACAGGACAGCUGCCCUUGGGAGGUGGCCUGAGUCAGGAAGCAGAGCCAGGAGAAGCUGUGGAGUCUGAGGUGGCAGGCCGCAGCCAUGUGAUGCAGCGUGUGCUGAACACCGUGCAGUUCCUCUGGGUGCUGGGCCAGGCCUCAGUGGACGGGCUGACAAGCUGGCUGCUGGCCUUCACACGGCACCACCGCAACAUGAGCGAUGUGCUGCGUGCUGAGCGUUACCUGCUCACGCAGGAGCUCCUGCGGGGUGGGGAAGUACACCGCAGCGUGCUGGACCAACUGUACGAUGACAAUGGCGAUGAGUCCACACUGCCCGGCCCCCUGGAGGCCCGCGAUGGGCCCAGCACUACGUCCAGCGGGCUGGGAGCCGAGGAGCCCCUGAGCAGCAUGACAGAUGACACCAGCAGCCCCCUAAGCACAGGCUACAACACCCGCAGUGGCAGCGAGGAGAUGGCCGUGGAUGCCACAGCUUCCCUGCAUGGCUCGCAGGAGCUUCCAGCCCGCCCGAGGAUGCGCACAGCCAGUGAGCUGCUGAGCCUCAGGCGCCUACACAUCCAGGAGCUAGAGGACGCGGAGGACUUCACUGCCCAGCAGGGCCGAGCGCUGCGGCUGCUGUGGGCUCUGUACCAGUGUGUGGCAGCCCACUCGGAGCUGCUCUGCUACUUCAUCAUUAUCCUCAACCACAUGGUCACGGCCUCAGCUGCCUCCCUGGCGCUGCCAGUGCUUGUGUUCUUGUGGGCCAUGCUGUCCAUCCCCAGGCCCAGCAAGCGCUUCUGGAUGACAGCGAUUGUCUUCACCGAGGUCACCGUGGUCACCAAGUACCUGUUCCAGUUCGGCUUCUUCCCCUGGAACAGCCACACAGUCCUGCGGCGCUAUGAGAACAAACCCUACUUCCCACCGCGCAUCCUGGGGCUGGAGAAGACCGACAGCUACAUCAAGUACGACCUGGUGCAGCUCAUGGCCCUCUUCUUCCACCGCUCCCAGCUGCUGUGCUAUGGCCUCUGGGACUAUGAGGAACAGACCAACACAGACACAGGGCAGCAGGAGGAGCCAGGCAUGGCUGGGGCCACCAGCCAGGACCCUGUCCAGGUGGAUGUGAGGGUCGGAUCUGGGGAUGGGGCACCUGAGCCCCAAGUGGACCUCAAGCCCCAGGACAUGAGGCACAUCAGUCUGCGCUUUAGGAAGAAGGAGAGUCCAGGACCAAAGGGAGUGGUGACCCUUGCUGCAGGACCUGCCCCACACGUGAUCCCUGAGAGACCUGCAGGUGUCACCAUGCCGGCCCCUGAGGAGGUGAGCAGCCAUACCCAGGUACGAGCCAGCAGCUUCUCCUCCACAGGAGCCGAGAACAGGGAAGAGAGAGAGACGCCUGGGAGAACAAGGCCCAGCCGCUGCCGAGAACGUAUGAAGGCAGCAGGGCGCCAGCUGCAGGGCUUCUGCCUGUCACUGGCCCAGAGCACUUACCGGCCCCUGCGUUGCUUCUUCCGCGACAUCCUACACACCAAGUACCGUGCAGCCACUGACGUCUAUGCACUCAUGUUCCUGGCUGAUGUCGUUGACUUUGUCAUCAUCAUCUUUGGCUUCUGGGCCUUUGGGAAGCACUCUGCGGCCACAGACAUCACGUCCUCCUUGUCAGAUGACCAGGUGCCAGAGGCCUUCCUGGUCAUGCUGCUGAUCCAGUUCAGCACCAUGGUGGUCGACCGAGCCCUCUACCUGCGCAAGACCGUGCUGGGCAAGCUGGCCUUCCAGGUGGUGCUCGUGGUGGCCAUCCACCUCUGGAUGUUUUUCAUUCUGCCGGCUGUCACCGAGAGGAUGUUCAGCCAGAAUGCAGUGGCCCAGCUGUGGUACUUUGUGAAGUGCAUCUACUUUGCCCUGUCAGCCUACCAGAUCCGCUGUGGCUACCCCACGCGUAUCCUUGGCAACUUCCUCACCAAGAAGUACAACCACCUGAACCUCUUCCUCUUCCAGGGGUUCCGGCUGGUGCCCUUCCUGGUGGAGCUGCGGGCUGUCAUGGACUGGGUGUGGACAGACACCACCCUGUCCUUGUCCAGCUGGAUGUGCGUGGAGGACAUCUAUGCCAACAUCUUCAUCAUCAAGUGCAGUCGCGAGACAGAGAAGAAAUACCCACAGCCCAAAGGGCAGAAGAAGAAAAAGAUUGUCAAGUAUGGCAUGGGUGGCCUCAUCAUUCUCUUCCUCAUUGCCAUCAUCUGGUUUCCACUGCUCUUCAUGUCCCUGGUACGCUCCGUGGUCGGUGUUGUCAACCAGCCCAUUGACGUCACAGUCACCCUCAAGCUGGGAGGCUACGAGCCCCUGUUCACCAUGAGUGCCCAGCAGCCGUCCAUUGUGCCCUUUACACCCGAGGCCUACGAGGCACUGUCUCAGCAGUUUGACCCCCACCCACUGGCCAUGCAGUUCAUCAGCCAGUACAGUCCUGAGGACAUCGUCACAGCACAGAUCGAGGGCAGCUCUGGGGCACUAUGGCGCAUCAGCCCCCCGAGCCGGGCGCAGAUGAAGCGGGAGCUGUACAAUGGCACAGCUGACAUCACCCUGCGCUUCACCUGGAACUUCCAGAGGGACCUGGCCAAGGGCAGCACCGUGGAGUACACCAAUGAGAAGCAUACCCUGGAGCUGGCCCCAAAUAGCACGGAGCGGCGGCAGCUGGCCCGCCUGCUGGAGGGCACCUCGGACCAGUCUGUUGUCAUCCCUCACCUCUUCCCCAAGUACAUCCGUGCCCCCAACGGGCCUGAGGCCAGCCCUGUGAAGCAGCUACAGCCCAAUGAGGAGGCCGACUACCUUGGUGUGCGCAUCCAGCUGCGGAGGGAGCAGGUGGGCUCAGGGGCUGCUGGCUUCCUGGAGUGGUGGGUCAUUGAGCUGCAGGACUGCCAGGCCAACUGCAACCUGCUGCCCAUGGUCAUCUUCAGUGACAAGGUCAGCCCACCCAGCCUGGGAUUUCUGGCUGGCUACGGCAUCAUGGGACUCUACGUGUCCAUUGUGCUGGUCAUUGGCAAGUUCGUGCGUGGCUUCUUCAGUGAGAUCUCACACUCCAUCAUGUUCGAGGAGCUGCCCUGCGUGGACCGCAUCCUCAAGCUGUGCCAGGACAUCUUCCUGGUGCGAGAGACACGGGAGCUGGAGCUGGAGGAGGAGCUAUACGCCAAGCUCAUCUUCCUAUACCGCUCCCCAGAGACCAUGAUCAAGUGGACGCGCGAGAAGGAGUAGGAGCCUGGCUCCUGGGCACCGGGAA